AUGAGCCUAGCGGAGUCACAAAACAAUAUCGAAGAGAACGACGUGACCCCGUAUACUGAGCUGGACAAGCGUGCGCUGUUCACAUUUCACCCUCGGGGUCAGCAGCAGCAGCAAAGCCAAACCUGA